GCUGGCUGCAAUUAACACCGCCUGUGGUCUGGGAGCACAGACACAAAAGCUGCCUCUCCGUUCAGCCAGCACACAGCUGCGGCUCUCUUCGCGUGGCCCCUGGGGCAGGAGAUGCUCUUGGAUCGGGCGCAGCAGCUCGCAGGAGGCGGCGGUAGGUGCCUCUGAGCCGCAGUGGCGUGCGCACAAGCAGAGAGGAGCCGGUGCCCUAGCCCCUGUCUACAGCCGGCUGGACGCGAGAGGGGCCGCGUUUUUAAUACGAUGUCUGCAGACACACGCAGCUCGGCCGCGUGGGUGGGUUAUUUGGUGCGUGGCGCGCAGCUCUGAUAGAAGCGGCUCGGCAGCGCUGCUGCACGCAGGAGGAAGAGGAAGAGGAGGGGAAGCUGCUUUGGUCCACGCUGCUGCUGAAGGUCGCGUCUAAGCAUCUCCCGCUCGCUCCCCUUGCCCGCCUCGCUGUGAGGAAAAGGCGCCGCUUUGACCCUUCCUCCCAGGCUGGACACAACCCACGGGGCUUCUCCGCAGCGCAGAGCCCGAGGUGGCCAGCGCCUUCCACGAAGGACACCGGCGGCGCGGCAGGCAGGGCGGGGCGGCGGGGACACCUUGAAGGCGAGGCCCAUCCUGGCUGGGGAGGUUUGUCGAGCUCACAUUGUGGCUACUGUCUACCUACAAAAUAUAUACUUAUUUGCAUAAACAUUUGGAUACUUAUACUUCGUAGAUCAGAAUGCCUUUCAAAAGCGGAUUAGAAUUAACUGAGUUGCAGAAUAUGACUGUCCCUGAGGAUGAUAACAUCAGCAAUGAUUCAAAUGAUUUUACAGAGGUAGAAAAUGGCCAGAUAAAUAGCAAGUUUAUUUCGGAUCGGGAGAGCCGAAGAAGUCUCACAAACAGUCACUUGGAAAAAAAGAAAUGUGAAGAAUAUACUCCAGGAACAACCUCAUUGCAAAUGUCUGUCUUUAAUCUCAGCAAUGCCAUUAUGGGUAGUGGAAUUUUAGGUCUUGCCUUUGCAUUAGCCAACACAGGAAUCAUCCUUUUUGUGUUUCUAUUGGCUUCAGUGACAUUACUGUCUAUUUAUUCAAUAAAUCUCCUGUUGAUAUGUUCAAAGGAAACAGGCUGCAUGGUGUAUGAAAAGCUUGGCGAGCAGGUCUUUGGCACUCCGGGAAAAAUGAUUGUUUUUGGAUCCACUUCUCUCCAGAAUACUGGAGCAAUGCUGAGCUAUCUCUUCAUAGUAAAAAAUGAUCUGCCUUCUGCCAUAAAGUUUCUUAUGGGAAAAGAAGAAGAAUUUUCGGCAUGGUAUGUGGAUGGGCGAAUUCUUGUUGUAGCUGUGACAUUUACUAUAAUCUUCCCCCUGUGUCUUCUUAAGAACUUAGGGUAUCUUGGAUAUACUAGUGGAUUUUCCCUUGGUUGCAUGGUUUUUUUCCUCAUAGUGGUUAUCUUCAAGAAAGUUCAACUUUCCUGCCAAGUCCUGGAGCCAAGUGCAACAUCACCUAUCAUAUCAAAUGUUAGCUCAGCACAUGAAGAUAUGUGUCAACCAAAGUAUGUUACCUUUAAUUCCAAGACUGUUUAUGCUUUGCCUACCCUUGCGUUUGCAUUUGUGUGCCACCCAUCGGUCCUUCCAAUUUACAGCGAACUUAAAGAUCGCACACAGAAGAGAAUGCAAAUGGUUUCCAAUAUCUCAUUUUUUGCCAUGUUCAUUAUGUAUUUAAUGACUGCCGUUUUUGGCUAUUUCACUUUCUAUGACAAUGUGCACUCAGAUCUGCUUCACAACUACCAGAGUAGAGAUGACAUCCUCAUCCUGACAGUGCGGGUGGCUGUCAUUUUUGCAGUCAUACUCACAGUGCCAGUGCUGUUUUUCACUGUGCGUUCUUCUUUAUUUGAGAUGGCUAAAAAAACAAAAUAUGACUUAUACCAUCAUUUUCUGGUUACUCUUGUCCUCCUGAUUUUCAUCAACAUGUUAGUAAUUUUUAUCCCCUCAAUGAAGGAUAUUUUUGGAGUUAUAGGAGUAACUUCUGCCAAUAUGCUGAUUUUCAUUCUUCCUUCAUCACUGUAUUUAAAAAUCACACAUCAGGAUACGGAAAAAUUUACUCAGAGGAUUUCGGCUUCUCUUUUCAUGGCAUUAGGAAUAUUGUUUUCCCUAGUGAGCAUUCCUUUGGUUAUCUAUGACUGGGUGCACUCAGGAGACAGUGCUGCAGGCAACUGAAGUCAACAUCAUGCUGAAAAGGAUACAUCCCUGUUUGGUACUCACCAGAAUCACCACCAUUCUGUUUUAUCUAUCCCAUCCAUUAUGAGUUUACUCAAAUCAAAUCCAAAUAUUGAAAUACUGAUAUAGAUGUAUUUGCUUGCAGAAAAUGCCCAUUUUCCCAACAGCAAUAUCAGUUUCUCCAAUUCCAGUGAGUUAUCAAAUCAAUGUUAAGUUUGUGUUGAUUGUCUGCAAAGGUUUACAUGGCUUUGCUACUUGGUUCCAAUCAUAAUUAAUUUUUACUCUUCUGGCCAUGAAUUAGAUUGUUCUAAUACUAGUCCUAAAACUUCCAAACCAUAAUAUUUAGUCCCUUGGAGCAAGACCUGUAUUUGUUUUUUGCUUUGCAAAUCCAGAUUCUAGAAUCGUUUUCACAAAUGAUGUUCAGCUCUCACCAUCUUUUUUUAACCAAAACUGUACUCUUAAAUUGCAUACAUUUAAUCUGGCUUUUCAUUACUAUUUUGUAAACCAUUACCCCUCAUUUAGUAAGUGUAGCAUUCUGGAGUGUUUAUAUGAAGGGCACCAUGAAAGCAUCAGCUGGUGUUAGAUAAAAGUAUGUCCUGUAUUGGUGCUGCUCUUUGUGGUGUAAAAAAAAAAAAGUAAUUGGAGCAGCCAGUCCAAAUGGUUGAACUGAUAGUACAUCAAAUCACCAUACAGAGACACAUACUCAACCAUGAGUGACCUUAGACCAAGAGGAAUAUCAAAUAUCACUAACCCUUUUGAAGCUGACUAGAAACAGACUUGGUACAGAGCACUGAACAUUUGAAACCAACCAGGAGAAGGCAGAGCUCAUUUUUGUGUGAAAGAAAAGAUUCAGAAAUAUGCAUUUUCUUCCAUGUAAACCAAUAUUUACUAAAUACAUCUACACUUUUCAAGAAAAAAAUGAAAAAUUCCAGUUAUAUCAAAAAACACCGCCUUUAGUCAUACUUACUGCCUUUUCCUUUAGGAUAGUUUUGCAUAUACCUAAGGCUGACCUUGUAAAGAAGUUUAAGUUAACCUUUUCGGGUUAGCCCUCCUCCGAUUGAAGUCAAUGUGAGUUUUUGACUCCAGUGGGAACAGGAUCAGGUCCUUAUGCAAAACUGGAUUCUUAAUUGGAAUCAAGCCAGAUUUUUUUAACAUCUCUAAAUAGAACACAUUUUUAUAUUUAAAAAGCCUAUUUCUGUUUCUUCAGGAUCAAACAAAAAUAGCUAUAAAUUAUUUGCAGAGCCACUCUAACUUUGCAUUUAUGUUGUGGCAUAUUGUCAGUUUGGAGAAUGGCUCAGGUUAGAGAUUCAGGUACUAAGCAGGUGAUCUUUAUCAUCACAUACCGAAUCAUUUUUAGUAAUAAUGUACUACCAGGGACACACAUUUGUUCAUGUUGUAUUGUUCUUGAUGUGUGAAUUAGAGUCUGAAUUCUGCUGUCAAAUGUGUGCUAGGGUGCUAGUGCAGGGAUCGGCAACCUUUGUCUCACAGCCUGCCAGGGUAAACCCCCAGUUGGGCUGGGCCAGUUUGUUUACCUUCUGCAUCCGCAGGUUCGGCCAAUUGCAGCUCCCACUAGCUGCAGUUAGUCACUCCAGGCCAAUGGGGGCUGCGGGAAGUGACGCGGGCUGAGGGAUGUGCUAGCUGCUGCUUCCUGCAGCCCUCAUUGACCUGGAGUGGUGAACCACAGCCAGUGGGAGCUGCGAUUGGCCAAACCUGUGGAUGCAGAAGGUAAACAAACCGGUCCGGACUGCCAGGAGGCUUACCCUGGCGGGCCGUGUGCCAAAGGUUGCUGAUCCCUGUCCUAGUGUAAACAGAGUCUGAAUGAGCUCUUCCUUGACAUCUAGUGGUGAGCUGUGGAAAAAGACUUCAGAAGCUGAUCUCGUUUGCCUGGACACACCCACCCUGCCUAGGUGUUCAGCAUGAUGGGAUUGCUUGCCCAAAUGAUCACUUAUGGUUGGAAUUGGAUCCCCAGUCUCCUUGUUAUUGGGGCAGGAAUAAUAAAGCGUUGUUAUCCUUGUUGUGUGAACCGAGGGCAGCAGAACUGUACCUGGCAUACCCCAGUGGAAGUAUUAGAUUAGUUUCCUGUGAGCGGCUGAAUUGCCUUCACUCCUAUUGCCUUGUCCUUACAUCACUUAAAAUCACUGGGAGUUGAGGUCACUUAGCAACUUGCAGGAGGUGCUCAACUGAACAACACUUGCUAGGCAGAGGACAUGGGUUCCAAAGUCUAAUGACUAGAGAGAGGGUAGGCCUUGUUUAAGGGUCUUAGACACUGUUUGACCCUUCCUCUCUCCAUGGUAUAAUAGAGUUAAUUUAGAUUCAAUUGAGAGUCUUGUUACAUGCUGCAGAGCUGAAAUCACUGAUACCCAGGUCUAAGUAUUAGACCUACUUUGGGAUAGUGUCUCUAAUGCAAGAGACUGGCCAGUGUGCACCAGCAGUGAGGCUCCUCCACUAACAGUUGAAAUCAGUGAGAGACAUCUUGGCGGGUGGCUGGCAGAGAGGCUGGUGGAGAGGGCCAGAGCAGAGAGGUGCGGCAAGUGGCCACUGGGGCUUGUAAGGUGCCUCCUUAUACCACACCCCCCACUUCCACACAGCGUGGGAGGUGAACUCUGCAGAUGAACCUCUGAACUCUGGGGCUGCACUGGCCAAGGACAGCAACUGUGAGUGGGGUACAGAGAAGGGAUAGGCACGUUGAAGGGACUUGGGUUGCUGGACUUAAGAACCUGAGACGAAAGGACACUGCCCAAAUUACUUGGGGUGGGUCUUUUGCUCAUGGUUUGGGUUUAUGAACCCUAGUUGCAGUGUUUUCCCAAAUUAAUUCUGAGUUACUUCCCUCCUUUUAUUAAAAGUUUUUGCUACACUCAGACUCUGUGCUUGUGAGAGAGGAAGUGUUGCCUCUUAGAGGCAUCCAGAGGGGUUGUGUGUAAUUGUCCCAGGUCACUGGGUGGGGGCUCGAGCCGGUUUUGUGUCGUACUGUUGAAAAGGAACCACUAGAUACUGAACCUGGCCCUUGUUGCUGCUGGCUCCACCUGGCAGAAGGGUUACACUAGCAAUAGAACUAAUGGCUAACAGGAGUACAGGUGCACAUUCAGGGUUGAAUGAUGCCCUUCAUAAGUUCAGGUGUACCUGCCAAUUUGUGAUGACUCUCAUUUUCAGUGGUUGAUUCAUUUUAUACUCACACUAUAACUAAGGAAAAAGAGACUAGGAUUAGCAAUCAUAUCUAUGGAUAUUAUUUGUCACUACAGUUUUUUCUUUUUACAGACCUGAUACUUCAAGAUAAUUGAGUUUCCUGUGAGCGGCUGAAUUGCCUUCACUCCUAUUGCCUUGUCCUUACAUCGCUUAAAAUCACUGGGAGUUGAGGUCACUUAGCAACUUGCAGGAGGUGCUCAGGACCUGUAAGCGUCUAGCCCUAUGGGCUGUCUAUGCUACACAGGUCAAAAUAAGGCAGCUUAUGUCAACCUAAUUAUGUCAGUGUACAUACUACAGCCUUGUCCCGCCGAUGUAAGUGCCCUACUAUGCCGACAUCAUAACUCCACCUCCCCGAGAGGGAUAAGGUUUAUGUCAGUGUAGUUAGUGCAGUGCAGUGUCUGUGUAGACACUGCAUCUCUUACAUCAGCUUUCAUGUCAAUUUCACAACAGGAGCCCUGCUGUCCUGGAGAGAUGGGCAGCUGGAUCCUUCUCCCAGCUGGAGUCAGGGUGAGAAGCUUAAGCGGCCCCGUGCCAGCUUUUGGUGAGGGGAGUGGCAAGAAGCUGAGGCAGCUGCACGCUGCUCCCCAAUGGUGAGAAGCCCCAGACGGUUUCCCCCGGCUCCCUGUGGGAAAUAUGGAGGUGAAAAGCCUCAAACAGCUUUGUUCCACUCCCAGCGAGGACUGGGAAGCAAAGAGGGGGACAGCCCGCUAGGAGCUUGUGGGGCAGCUAGGCUCCAGGCAGGGAGCUGCCAGCAGAGCUCAAGAGACCAGGCUGUCAGCUCCCCACACUGCCCCCUAUUAGGUCAGCAGAAAUGCUCCUGGUGUGGACAUGCA